AUGACAACUUUCAAACAAAUUAAAGAGAUCAACAUAACGUCUGUAAUGGAUGAAAAAACUGUGACGGAUCAUAAUCAGUCGUUGUUGGACACUUUGACAGUAGGAGAUUUGAUAGAGUUCGAUCGAAUAUAUUAUAAACAUUGGGCAGUGUACGCCGGAAAUAACAAAGUAUUUCAUUUAACUGGAAAUCAGGGGCCCAUUGUUUUUAAUCGAACCCUCGCAUUUUCUUUAUGUGAUGUUCCUUAUGACGGAUGUUCUGUGAAGCAAGACGAAUUUUGGGAUAUUGUGGGCGACAGUAAAGCUUGGAUAAACAACAGUAAGGACAGAAAAUACAGGUAUCGCUUGUAG